GUGACACGUUAGCUGUCCCAUCACGGUACAAAGUUCAGGAGCAACCAGCCAAUGGCAGCUUAUUGCAGUGCUCGGGGAAUAGCGGAAAGGAAGACUUGCACUAGAUGCAGCAUUGAUGCAACCAUAACAAUAAUAUUUAAAAAGCAAUACGUUAGGUGAUGCGGUUCAGCGAGGUCUUGUUCAAUGCGUAGAAUGUUUUUGUUUGUAAAUACAAACCAUAUACAGCGCUGUAGCUAGUAGUGUAAAAGAAAAAUUGCAAUAUGUUCGUUUCGUGUUUUGACGCAAACUCUGCAGCACUGCACACAAUUAUUCAACAUUUUAACUAAGCUACAUCUUGACUGACCAGCGAGGUGGUUAAAUCAGUCAGGCCUCGCUGUGAAAUUAAAUUGCCGCUUUUAGAUUGUGUUGGGUAGCGUUAUUGGUAUUAUUAUUGAUCUGUCGAUCUAUGUGUCGACUCUUCGAUGCUCUGAUCUGAUGAGGAUCAUUAUAAAGGCAGAGUUGCGUGCGGCUGUACUCAGGGUAUAUCAGUACUAGGUGGUGUUGCAUUGUCCGUCUGUCUCUGUCUGUCUGUCCGGACCGCCUUUUCGCAUCCCGGCUGUAUGACAUCCCCAGUCUAUGCUAAUCUAGAUUCGGUGGAACCGCUGUUUAAUGACCUGCCCUAUAUGUUUUAUCUCGGUCUGUUUUUCGUGAACGUGUUGGUCCUCUACUAUGCCUUCCUUAUUGAGUACAUUGCCCUCAAUGUGGGGAUAGUCUUUCUGCCCGAGGAUGUGGACCAGGCGCUGGUUGAUCUGGGAGUUCUGUCGGACCCGGGUUCGGUUCCGGACGACAUCGAUGUAGAACUGGACGUCUUUUGACUGAAAAAAAAAACACUACACACAGGUCCUAAAUGACUGAAGACAGAACGUCCAUAGCUUCCAAAUACCCCUUCCUCCGGUGUCGGCACAGCGAUCCAGACAGAGCCGGAUUCUCCGCAGCAGCAGAGCAGUCGGGCCGCUCAAGUCUGUAAUUUCCAUUGCUGGGUAACCCGUGUACUGAAAAGACAUGGCCCAGAAGCAUUCACUUCAGACAGUGCUGUGACAUGGCUUGUUACAUGCAACAACAACACACGUGUUUGGCAUGGGGAUAUUACUGGAAGAAAUUUCCCCCCGCAGGCUUUCCAGACUGUAGGACACUGAGCCCAGGACAGGGAUGCCCCUUGACCCUUGACCUCUGUUGCAGAGAACGCUGCCACGGAGACGCAAACGGAUUGAACAGUCUGAGACCCUGAAUAAAAAUAAAAAAUUAAAAAACAGCAAUACAAAACGGAGUGGCCAACGGCAUGAAACUGAAGAGCUUUACUUCUGUGAACUAUUGAACUAUUCUCUCUGGACGCUGCAGUAUGCGAAGGAGAGCACACGCUGCCACACGCUACCCCUACACAGUAACUUGUGUCUGUGAUGCAGCGGACACAACACCACCAGAUCCACUUCUCAGAGUCAUGAUGGCAUUAGCCUGAAAUCUGACAGACUGUUUCUAUUGAAGGGUAUUUAUAUUUAUUCAUGUCAGCUUUAGUUAGAAUUCUAAUUGUAUUAUUAUUAUUAUUAUUAUUAUGAUUAUGAUUAUUAUUAUUAUUAUUAUUAUUAUUAUUAUUAUUAUUAUUGUUAACAUUUAGAAUCUGAGGCAUGACAGAUUUGCUGAUUAUAUUUUGCUUGGUGUAAGCGGUCCUUUUGAAGUCAUCCAUGAAUGUUUUUGUUUUUUUGCAGUAAAGUUAUCACAGCAGCACACUGCAUACAACACUGCAUACAAGCACACUGCAUACAAUAAGUAUUUUUUCAAAUACUUCCCAAUUCCCAAAACAAACAAACAACAAACAAACCCCACAACAGCAAUCACCCAGCGAUCACGACUCCUGGAAACACAUAAAAUACAUCCACCAGGUGGCACUGUGCCUCAUAGAACAGAAUGUCAGUCAGACUCCAGUCAAGCUGAAAAGAGCUUUACAUAUACUGUUAGCCAUUUAAUACAGUAUACAGCAGAUCUCAUUUGAUCAGUGAGACUUUUAAAGAACUUAUCCUACAUCAUGCAAGGCUGGCUGCGUCAGUGUGUUUAUCUCUCUGGAUAGCCUAUUCAUUCAGUAAAGUGCAGUGGAUCACUCUAGCAGGCAUGGUGAUUUGUUUAAGAGCUUGGUUGGCUGAUGUUCCCACCAUGUCUUUAAUUGUAGACCUAAAACUCCAGUAGCUGUUCCAAUCGUGGCCUGGAUUAAAACAAAUAUAUGGCAGUGCCAUAGCCAUUAUUAAGUAUAGCAAUGGCAGGGCUGUAUACCAUGCUUAAUGGUUUAACCCAGGUGUUUAAGAUGUUGAGUAGCUGGUUGGGACCGGAUUCAAACAAGCUCCUGGUUUGGAAUGACCUGUAAGAUUCUUCAUUGAGUGCCAGUGCACGACACCCUCCAUGCAGAUGGAAAGUCCCCAGACUGAGCCUCUGUCUGCAUGCAAGUCAGACUUCAAAGGAGAUGUGUCACCUGUUGCCUGUAUUUGCAUCACACACACACACCCUGGCCAACUGAAUUGAAACGUAUGUUUAAUUAAGAACAGCGACCAUAAUCAUAUGCUUUAUCAGUGACCUUCAUGCAUUUCAUUUCAAUGACAAAAAACACACAGCCAGAUUUUUUUAAAAAAUGCAGGUUUUAUUAAAACAAAUGUCAUAAUAAAUUAUUAUUAUUAUUA